AUGCAACGACAUCAACAACAAAAACAAAUAAACUUACAGAAACAACACUUUCUUACAGUUGAUUCAACAUCAGAAUCUACCACUGAGCAAAAUAUACCUACAGGUUCACAAACAUCUGUAACAUAUACAGCCUCAGAUGCAACAACGGUGUCAGAUGAUUCAACGACAUCAGAAAUUCAAAUAUCGACCACUGAAUCAAACACAUCUACAGAUUCAAACACAUCUACAGUCACAGAUUCGACAGUGACCAUCUCAACAACGGUGUUAGAUGAUUCAACGACAUCAGAAAUUCCAAUAUCGACCACCGAAGCAAUCACGUCUACAGAUUCAAACACAUCUACAAUUACAGAUUCGACAGUGACCACCUCAACAAUGGUGUUAGAUGAUUCAAGGACAUCAGAAAUUCCAAUAUCGACCACUGAAUCAAUCACAUCUACAGAUUCAAACACAUCUACAGUAUCAAACACAUCUACAGUCACAGAUUCGACAGUGACCACCUCAACAACGGUGUUAAAUGAUUCAACGGCAUCAGAAAUUCCAAUAUCGACCACUGAAUCAAUCACAUCUACAGAUUCAAACACAUCUACAGUCACAGAUUCGACAGUGACCACCUCAACAAUGGUGUUAGAUGAUUCAACGACAUCAGAAAUUCCAAUAUCGACCACUGAAUCAAUCACAUCUACAGAUUCAAACACAUCUACAAUCACAGAUUCGACAGUUACUACUUCAACAAUGGUGUUAGAUGAUUCAAGGACAUCAGAAAUUCCAAUAUCGACCACUGAAUCAAUCACAUCUACAGAUUCAAACACAUCUACAGUCACAGAUUCGACAGUGACCACCUUAACAACAGUGUUAGAUGAUUCAACGACAUCAGAAAUUUCAAUAUCGACCACUGAAUCAAUCACAUCUACAGAUUCAAACACAUCUACAAUCACAGAUUCGACAGUGACCACCUCAACAACGGUAUUAGAUGAUUCAACGACAUCAGAAAUUCCAAUAUCGACCACUGAAUCAAUCACAUCUACAGAUUCAAACACAUCUACAGUCACAGAUUCGACAGUGACCAUCUCAACAACGGUGUUAGAUGAUUCAACGACAUCAGAAAUUCCAAUAUCGACCACCGAAGCAAUCACAUCUACAGAUUCAAACACAUCUACAGUCACAGAUUCGACAGUGACCAUCUCAACAACGGUGUUAGAUAAUUCAACGACAUCAGAAAUUUCAAUAUCGACCACCGAAGCAAUCACGUCUACAGAUUCAAACACAUCUACAAUCACAGAUUCGACAGUUACCACCUCAACAAUGGUGUUAGAUGAUUCAAGGACAUCAGAAAUUCCAAUAUCGACCACUGAAUCAAUCACAUCUACAGAUUCAAUCACAUCUACAGAUUCAAACACAUCUACAGUCACAGAUUCGACAGUGACCAUCUCAACAACGGUGUUACAUGAUUCAACGACAUCAGGAAUUUCAAUAUCGACCACCGAAGCAAUCACGUCUACAGAUUCAAACACAUCUACAAUCACAGAUUCGACAGUGACCACCUCAACAAUGGUGUUAGAUGAUUCAACGACAUCAGAAAUUCCUAUAUCGACCACUGAAUCAAUCACAUCUACAGAUUCAAACACAUCUACAGUCACAUAUUCGACAGUGACCAUCUCAACAAUGGUGUUAGAUGAUUCAACGACAUCAGAAAUUCCAAUAUCGACCACCGAAGCAAUCACGUCUACAGAUUCAAACACAUCUACAAUCACAGAUUCGACAGUUACUACCUCAACAAUGGUGUUAGAUGAUUCAAGGACAUCAGAAAUUCCAAUAUCGACCACUGAAUCAAUCACAUCUACAGAUUCAAACACAUCUACAGUCACAGAU